AUGGAUAUCACCAAAUUCGUCGUCUCUGGCCGUGAUGCGGCUCUCCUCUACGGAGACUACGCAACCUACCAGACCCAGCUGUCCAAAAGGCUACUCAACAGCCGCAAGAAGCUCGGCAUCGCCACGAGGAACCGUGGAAAGUUUAGCAAGAAGGGCGAGGUCGGUGCCUCGCAAAUUUCCGAGAACCAUGAAUAUAUCCACCUACUCCUACUCACGAGCGAGCGUGCCUGGGCCAAUGCCAUGGCCAUCAAGGCUUCGCACGCCUCGGAUGCCAAAGGCAUGACCGGAAAGACGAGAUCGCAUAUUGUCUCCCGACUCCAAAAAGCAACCAAGGUUGCCGAACACCUCGCUGAGCUGCUCUCACAGCCCGAGACUGGCGCGACACAGAACGACAAGCUCGAAUCCCGGGCGUACGCCGCCCACAUCCGCGGUGCCGCCCAGUUCGAGAAUCAGCACUGGGAGCCCUCCCUGCGAAGCUAUGCUGUGUCACGAAUCAUCUACAGCGCCAUGGCAACGACCACCAAGGGCGACAUCUUCAAGGACCUCCUCUCCGAUACCAUUGACCCUUCUAUCCGCUAUGCCGCCUACCAGCUCAAGACGCCGCGCACGAUACCCGUUCCCGCGAUCGCCAGACGAGCAUUCCCCCAUUCCGACACGGCCCUCUCUCAGCAGAUCAACGAGCUCGACCCCAAUGUGUUGAAGCAGGUGGAUGCCGAGACUAGCAAGGAAGGCGAGGGGGUCGAGAACGCGCCCCGGACACUCACUUGGCGCUCUCGCGAGGUCAAGAUUGAAGACGCUGCGAUUUCUCUGGCGUGGGGCAGGGCGGAGGAGGCCAAGACAAAGCUCUCCGAGACAUGGCCAUCUCUCGUCGAUGCCGAUCCCAGGGACGUGGCCGCCGCAUACGACGACAUCCUCGAGGCGACACAAGAUGCUGCCGACGCUACAAAGGAAGCGAUUGACGAGCUGCGGGGCGAGGGCGUCUCCCAGAGCGACUCUCGCAUGCAGAGCUUGCAGAUCACCAGAACCGCCGUCAACUAUGAGAUGAUUAGCUGGCGUGUCGGUCGCAACCGCGUCUUGACAGGCGACGAUGACGGCCUGGUUGAGAGAUAUCACUUGUCUCGCAGUAAGUCUAAGAAGGCGGAGACGACGGCGAAGAAGCUCAAGGAACAGACCCCUGGACGCAAAGCGGCAAAGCUGAAGGAACUGGUCGCGCUGUACGAAGGGACCCUGCAGAGUCUCGAGGCCGCGAGGGAGUUGCCCGGCGUGGCCAACGACGAGGAACUUGCCGGCCAACUUGAGGCUUUUGCCGAGUAUUUCCAAGCUCUCAAGUCACUCUCCAUCGCUCGCUCCCACGCCAUCAUCGGCAACACCGUCAACGCCCUAGCCCUCAUCAAGCACGCCACCAGCGAAGCCCAGGAGGCCGCGUCGACCCUUGCCGACGGACCUCAGCCGCAACCCAACUCGCCGCGCAGCAUCGAGGUGUCGGGUGAGGACGCAAAGGCCCUGGCGACCUACCUCCAGGGCGAGCUUCAGCGCCACCGCGCUCUGGUCCACCUCUCGAACCUGCUCAAAGAGUCGGCGGCCUCCACCGAGGACGACGCCCAGAAGCUUCCCCUGAUUGAGCGGCUGCACGAGUACCCCUCCAACGGGAUCGACCUCACAAACCUCGUCAGCAUACCGCCCAAGCUGUCCGCCAUUCCCGUCAAGCCCAUCUUCCUCGAUGUGGCGUGGAAUUACAUUGACUACCCGGGCAAGGAGCCGCAGGAGCCGGUCGCGGCGGCAACACCCAGUCAGGGCGAGUCCGUCGCGCAGGGCGAGAAGCCCCAGGCGCAAAAGAGAGGAUGGUUUGGUUUUGGUAGAUAA